AUGGCUACAUUCACUAAAGUUUCCACUUUUCUCGCAAUCAUUGCUUCAUUGCAACAAUUGACAGUUGCUACACCACCAGCUUGUUUAUUAGCUUGUGUUGCUCAAGUUCAAAAAUCAUCAUCUCAAUGUUCAGGAUUGAAUGAUUUGGCAUGUAUCUGUUCCAAUGAAGGUGACGAUGUCAAGUCUUGUUUAGACAAUAUUUGUCCAAAUGGUGAUGCUGAUACUGCUAAAAAGGCAUUUGAAAGUUCAUGUUCUGGACACACUGAUGAUGAUUCUAGCUCUAGCAGCUCAUCUUCUCAAGAGUCUUCUUCUACUCAAGAGUCCUCCUCUUCUUCUUCUGAGGCUCCAUCAAGCUCCAGUGAGGUUGAAUCUUCAUCAAGUGAAGAAGAACAAUCAUCAUCAGAAGCCGCUCCAUCCGGAUCAUCAACUGUUGAAGCUGAAUCUACAUCUGAAGCUGCUCCAUCAUCAUCUACUCAAGAAUCUGAACCAUCUGCAUCCGAAACUGCCGGUAACAACAACGGUGGCGGUGCUGGUGAAGAAGGACAAGAAUCUUCAACUUCACAAGAGCAACAACCAUCAUCAUCCACUUUGGAAACUUCAUCAGUUGCUGAAGAAACUACUUCAUCAUCCGAAGUACCAUCUGUUUCAACUCAAACUGAAGGUUCUGGUGCCAACAAGGUUGGUUUGGGAGCUUUGGUUGGUUUAGUUGGUGCUGCUUUAUUGUAA